AAUGUCAAGAAGAGGUCAAUAACCACCACCAUAACAAUAAUAAGCUCCAACUUAAAAAAAUUAAGCUGGUAAAUUCAAUCCAUCUGAAUUUGUUAAACCUGGAUUGACCGAAGAAGAAGUCUUAGAAAUAAAAGAAGCAUUUGACUUAUUUGAUACAGAUGGGUAUAUCUAUAUCAUUAUUAUUUCUAGUACAUAAUCCAUUGACCCAAAGGAAUUAAAAGCUGCUAUGACUUCAUUAGGAUUUGAAGCCAAAAACUAAACAAUUUAUUAAAUGAUUAGUGAUUUAGAUACUGAUGGAAGUGGACAAAUUGAUUUUGCUGAGUUUUUGAAAUUGAUGACAGCUAGAAUUAGUGAACGAGAUUCUAAAGCUGAUAUUUAAGUACAUAAAUAUCAUAAACUAUUAUAGAAAGUAUUCAACCUUUUUGAUUCAGAAAGAGCUGGUGUUAUCACUUUGAAGGAUCUCAGAAAAGUAGCUAAAGAAUUAGGAGAAACUAUGGAUGAUUCUGAAUUAUAAGAGAUGAUUGAUAGAGCUGAUUCUGAUGGAGAUGCUUAAGUGACCUUUGAAGAUUUCUACAAUAUUAUGACCAAAAAGACAUUUGCAUGAUU